AUGACAAAGGCAUCGGGGCAAACGACCAGAUUGGCAGAGAACAAAUCUGCUUUCGAAGAGAGUAUGAAGAGUGUGAUUGACACUUGUGUGCUACAGAGGAGAGAGGCAAGGAAAGAAGAAGCUGCAAAGAGCCGAGCUCGAGUCCCUCGGGCCGGUGUCGAAGCCGGUCCAACUCAGAGGCGGUGGUGGCGCUGGUGCACUUUUGGAGGCCUUGUUGCUGGUCGGUUGAAAGUCGGCUGUCACCGGUCACGAGACGAGACGAGACGAGGCGACACACUCCGCCCAAAGAAAGAACACAAAUCACAACUGCUCACACGACCGCUCCAUCGUGCACUUCCGGGCACCGCCCGCAAUCGCCUUCAAUCGGCCACAGUCCAUUCACGCUUUUCAGGUUGGCUCCGAAAAGACCGGCUUAAAUCCGACCUUUUUGUUGGUUUUUGCCUCCUCAGGCGCCGAAGUCCACUCACAUGA